AUGAAGAAGGAAAUAGAAGAGGAGGAGGGCGACGGCUAUGGCGCCGCCAUCCCUAUGUCGCCGCCGUCCCUCGGUCUUCCCUCUCCGUCUCCCUCGGCCUCAUCCUUCGCCGCCGCCGCCGCUAGGGUUUUGGCCCGGCCAAUGCCCGCCUCGGUCCCAGGCCUGCGGGCGCCUUCCCCCUUCGUGCGGGCCAUGGGCACCCGCGUCGACCCGCAGCCACCGCAGCCGCUCACGGCACCUCCUCGUCCUCGUCCGCUGCCACCACCGCCGCCGCCGCCGAUACCGGAGAAGCGGCGGCGGGGGCGCCCGCGCAACUGCGACCGCCUCCUCCCGCCGCCGCCGGGCUUCCACCUCGCUCCGUCCGCACGGGCACCGCCGCCGCCGGCGCUGCCUGCCCACGGCCAACCUUCCUCUAGGGGGCAUCCCUUUCCCGGCCAAUUGGGUGGGCUCCAGCCGCACGUGCUCAAAAUACAUGUGGGGGAGGAUAUCGUAUCAAAGAUUGUGCAAGUCUCAAAAAUAAUUGGGAAAGCCGUCUGUGUUCUCUCAGUGUUUGGGGCCGUUCAGGAUUGCUAUCUACUCCACUCUGCUGUCAUCUUAAAUCACAAGGGGCCUUUAGAUAUCAUUCAUGUGUUUGGAUCCAUUUUGACAUCUGAUAGCCCUGGAUUUGGGUGCUUAUCUGUGACCCUUGCUUGUGGUGAUUGUUCUGUUGUCGGUGGCGUUGCAGUUGGACCUCUCAUAGCUGCAACACCUGUACAGGCAAUUGUUGGAAGCUUCCACAAUGAUGCUUUCCAGGCAAACAAGAAACCUAAGCUCAUUGCGUACCCCAGUUCUCAUGUUCCCACUGGUUAUGGGGUCACACACACUGGCACUAGCUGCACACCUUACCUCAGUUCGCAGGUUGCCGUUGGCACUGGGAGCAUGUGUUGCGUCAAUUCUAAGGCUACCAUUGGCAGUUGGAGAAAACAUGAUCCUAGUUUUUGGUUUCCCAUUGGCAAUGGAAGCACAAAUCGUUCCAAUUCUCAAGUUAUUGUUGGCGAUGGAAGCACACAUCACCCCAAUUCUCAUGUUAUUGUUGGCAAUGGAAGCACACGUCACCCUAAUACACAGGUUACCAUUGACACUAGGAGCACACGCUGCCUCAGUUUUGAGGUUGGCAUUGGCCAUUGGAGUAAACAUGAUCCCAGUUCUUGGUUUCCCAUUGGCGUUGGGAGCACAAAUCACUCCAAUUUUCAAGUUACUGUUGGUGAUGGAAGCACACAUCACCCCAGUUCUCAAGUUACCGUAGGUACUGGGAGCACACAAUACCCAAGCUCCCAGGUUCCCAUUGGCAAUGGGAGCACAUAUCAAUCUGAUUCUCAUGUCACAAAGGGUGACAGAAGCACAAGUAUCACCAAUUCUCAGGCUACUGUUGGCUAUGGGAUUAAACAUCAAGACAAUUCCCAUGUCACUGUUGGCAACGGGAGCACAAGUAACGUCAAUUCUAAGGAUAUUGUUGGUCAUGGAAGCACACAUUACCCUGAGUCUCUGCCUGCCGUUGGCAAUGGGAGCAUGAAUAACGCCAAUUCUGAGGUCGCGGUAGGAGAUGGGAGCACAAAUAAGGGCAAUUCGCAGGAUACCCUUGUUGAUGGGAACACGAAUUGCCCCAGUUCUAAGGUUUCUGUUGGCAACGGGAGCUCCAGUUACCCCAAUUCUAAGGUUGCUGUUGGCGAUAGGAGCGCUCCACCCUCUGAAGGAACAUGGUGGACCGAGUGA